AUGGCACACAACUACCUCCUGUCCAUAUCCGCGUUGGCUGAGAGGCCAGAGUACGGAAUCCCUGUGGUGUUCUACGACCAGAUCGGCUCCGGCAGGUCCACACACCUGCGUGAGAAAAGGCUGGACGAGGCCUUCUGGAAACACGAGUUGUUUAUCGCGGAAUUGGACAAUCCACUCGGUAUUGCUGACGACUUCGACCUUCUGGGCCAGUCAUGGGGCGCCAUGCUGGGCGCCAUAUUUGCCAUCCGGGGCCAUCGGGGCCUCAGGAGGCUCAUCAUCUCCAAUUCUCCCCUCACCCUAUCCAAGCACGAGGCCGACAAGACCAAUACCGAUCCAGAGUACCUGCAAGCUGUCGAAUACUUUUACAACUUGCAGCUAUAUCGCAAUUGCCCUUUCCCCAAGGAUCUGCUCGAUGCGCUGGCGCGGCUUGGAAAGAUGACACCGUUUACAUGA